CCUCUAGCGGGAAGAUAGUUUCUUGCAUCACCGACUGAUCUCAAAUUGAUGACGUGGUGCGGUUCGUCGACCGGACGAUAAGGAUGGCCGACCAGAGCAGGCAAAUCAAACUCGCCGCAGCCAAGAAAAAGCUGAAGGAGUUUCAGCAGAAGAGUUCUCCUGCCAGUGGAGGAGAAGGAGGACCAGGGGCCAAGAAGACGAGGAAGGUGAAGGGAGGGAGCCAGCCAGACACACCCUCAGCUGACCGACACUCUCCAGACAAUAUUCAGAGUAUUCUGAAAGGUCUUAGUCAGACCAAUGGAUUAACUCUGCCUGCCUAUGGCAAAAGCCAGACCCACGUCCAUGGGGAGGUGAGGGGGUCCCCAGUUACCCAGCUACUGGAGGACCCAAACGGAGAGGCCGGCCGCGGCUCUCCUGUGUCUAACCCUGCUAGCUCUGCUACUAACCCUGAGUGUGCCAGCCAAUCCCACAACACUGACCUGCAGCAGAACUGCCCCCAUGACGGUAAUGAAAACCAUGCGGAUGAGAAUAGACCCCUGUCGUCCACAGAGAGCCUGCGACAGCUCUCACAGCAGCUCAACGGUCUUCUCUCUGGGUCAUCCACCACCUAUAUAAAUGGAGACAGUGCUCCCUCGCCAGCCAAUGACAAAGAACUGGAGAGUCGAAACCAGGAGCUGGCAGCCGCACUGGACUCCAGCAACCUAACAAACAAUCAGCUCAAUACCAAGCUAGACCGGCUGACCGAGCACUCUCAGGCGCUCACAGAUCAGCUGCAAAAGGAGCGAAGAGAGUUUGAACAGAAGUGUGUGAAGGAGCAAGGAGCAAUGCGGGAACAGCUACAGGUCCACAUUCAGACCAUCGGCAUCCUGGUGUCAGAGAAAUCAGAGCUGCAGACCGCUCUUUCGUACACACAGCAGGCUGCCCGCCAGAAAACAGGGGAGGCUGAGGAGCUGAGUAACCGUCUCCAGGCCACCAAACAGAGAGUCUCUGAGCUGGAGAGAACCCUGUCCUCGGUCUCCACACAACAGAAACAGUUUGACAAGCAUAACAAAGAGCUAGAGAAAGAGAGAGACAACCUGAGGCUAGAGGUGUACAGACUAAAUAGUGUGAGUGAGGAGGGGAGGCAGCAGAGUUCAGAGCUGUCAGAGCAGCUCAAGCUGAGGGUGAGUGAGAACAACGCUAUGAGACUGGACCUGGAUGAACUGCGUAAGAGACUGGAGAUGACUGACGACAUGCUGCAACAGUUUUCCAGUCAGUCAGGGCCUCCCAGUGCCAACCAGCAGAUGCACUUACUACUGGAGGAGAAACUACAGAUUGAGGCACACACUGCUCAGUUAAUGGAGUCUGUGGCCCAGCUGCAGACAGAGAGAGACCGCUACGCUGAGCAGAUCCAGGAGGAGGGACAAGUAUGGAAGGACAAGACGGAGCAGCUGCUCUCUCAGGUGACACUAGUAGCAGAGGAGAGGGACAGGAGCAUUAGUCAGAUACAGGAGCUUGAAGCCCAUAUCACAGAUCUGAAGCACACUGCAGCCCUUUUGUCUCAGGAGGGAGAGGCCCAGGCGGAGCCCCAGCCCUCAGGGCCCUCGGAGAGUGAAUUGGCCCUCCAGGAGGCCCUCGGCUGCCUGCAGCAGGAGAGAGACUCGCUCAACUCACAGUUCCAAGCCCAGCUGCGUGAUAACGAGCAGCUGAGUCGCAUGUGCUCUGAGCAGGAGUCCCGUCUCUCGGAGCUGGAGCGCCAUGUGGAGCGCGGGGCUGAGGAUGCAGAGGACCGCAGGCGCAUGCUGGAGGACGUGCAGAGUGACAAGGCCACCAUCAGCCGCGCCCUGGCCCAGAACCGCACCCUUAAAGACCAACUGGCUGAGCUGCAGAACGGCUUCGUCAAACUGACCAAUGAGAACAUGGAGCUGACCACUGCUCUGCAGUCAGAGCAUCACGUGAAGAAGGAGCUGGGACGCAGGAUGGGACAACUACAGGAGGACCUGCACAAUGUCAAGGAGCAGUUGGAUUUGAAGUCGCAGGAGUACCAGGCACUGCUGGAGCAGCGGGACCAGGUAGUGGCCCACCUACAGCAGUACUCUGCAGGCUAUACAGCCCUGGUGUCAGAGCGGGAGCAGCUCCACAGACAGUACCUGCAGCAGAGCCAGCUGAUGGACCGGCUGCAGCAUGACGAGACCCAGGGAAGGGUUCAGUUGGAGAUGAGCCACAAACAGCUGGAGCAAUACCAGGAGAGGCUGGAGCAGUUGUCCAGAGAUAACGAGCAGUUGAAGGCUGAAGUCACAGAGCUGCUCAACAGCUCAGCCCUUUCCACACUCCCCAGAAACCGGGGAGACGGAGUGGAGAGCCAAUCCCAGCAAGAGAGCCCACAGAAGUCCUCGAUCGCUAUCCCAGAAGACUUUGAGAGCCGCGAGGAGAUGGAGGAGUUUGUGCGCGGUGCGGUGGCGCGUGUGGAGGCAGAGCGAGAUGAGGUGAGGAGCAGACUGGAGGAGGAGAGGAGACUGCAAUUCGCUGCCAGACACCAGGCUGCAGCACUCAGCAUGGAGCACCACAGUCAUGACCACGACCACGGUCAGUGUCACGGUCACAGCCAUGAUGACCACAGUCACCUUGAACACACAGUCUCAGGAUCAGAGGGUGUACCAGUGGAGGUACAUGAGGCCUUGUAUGUUGCCAUGGAGAGGCUGCAGCAGCGCUUCACCUCUCUGAUGCAGGAGAAGGCUGACCUGAAGGAGAGGGUAGAGGAGCUGGAACACCGCUGUAUACAGCUGUCUGGAGAGACUGAUACUAUUGGAGAGUACAUCACCCUUUACCAGAACCAGAGAGCCAUCAUGAAGCAGAAACACACGGAGAAGGAGCAGUACAUCAGUAUGUUGGCCCAGGACAAAGAGGAGAUGAAGGCCAAACUGGCAGAGCUGCAGGACCUGGUGAUGAGGUUGGUGGGCGAGCGGAACGAGUGGUACAGCCGCUAUACUGGGGCGCUGGCUAGCGCUGCGGCUAACCCUGACUUGCUGCCAGCCGGAGAGGAGCAGAUCCAGGCUCACCACACACACAGACGCAUGGAGCUCAACGCUGUGGAUGGACAAGAGUCUGCGGAUGUAAGGUCAGCCGUGAAGCCUGACUCCACCGACCCCCCUCACGGUGGCCCGUCAGACCAGGUCCAGGGGCUCCCCUCAGACUCCCAGGCUCUGAUGAGGCCCCAAGAGGACGGCACGACCAGGCAGAUCAUGCAGCUGCUCCAGGAGAUCCAAAACCCCCAGGGGCCCCGCUCCGUGCCCUUCCUGGGGGACAACCCCUGCGUCCCGUUCUUUUACCGGCCCGACGAGCAGGACGAAGUCAAGAUCCUGGUGGUCUGAUGAUGAUGAGACUGUGGAGCUACGUUGGAGGAUCUCUGAACAGACAUACCAUUCCACCACGUCACACUCUACUUAGGUCAUCUAGGAUUUACACGUACACACAGUUCUGAGUAUACUGUCUCUCACACACAUGCACACUCACUCUCUCUACUUUCUGGGAGAGUUUGUUUCCUCUCCUUCCUUCUCACUCUUCCUUUUGAGUCCUUGGCUGGUCUCGCAUUCUGUUUUUUUUUUUCAUUGCACUAACAGAGUGAGUUAAGGAUGUGAACUCCUUGUGUGUGGCGGCUUUCCUCUCCUCGUCCACCUCUUCAUCCUCCUCCUUCGCAACCUCCUUACUUGCAGUGUGAAUGUUUGUCUGCUCUGUCUCCUUUAAUUGGUAUUUAAUACCAUUCGAUGAUUGGGAAGUAUUCCACAAGAUGCUAUUGAGAUUCUUCCUGUGAUUCUCUUGAUGGAGAGAUGUUUAUUCCUGCACAUUGAUCCCUCUGUUCACUAGCCUCCGUCUCUCUCCCCUUCUCUGCCAUUUCAACCAUAGGCGCAAUAAAGUAUCUCUGUCGCCUCUCCCUCAGUCAUUGUCUAUUAUAGGAGAAAUGUAAGGCUUUGAGUGAGACGUUAGCUGGCAACAAUGGAAUACAUGGAACGGUAUCAAACAAACACAUAGAACAUGUUUGACUCUCAUUCCAUUGAUUCAAUUUCAGCUCUUACAAUGAGCAUGUCCUCCUAUAGCUCCUCCCAACUGGAUCCCCAUUCACAAUGUGUCUGACUCUGGAGCAGAACUGGGCUAGUCUGUCUGUGUGUUUGGUAGGAGAGACAGACAUGGCUUGGUUUAGUGUCUGACUCUGGAGCAGAACUGGGCUAGUCUGUCUGUGUGUUUGGUAGGAGAGACAGACAUGGCUUGGUUUAGUGUCUGACUCUGGAGCAGAACUGGGCUAGUCUGUCUGUGUUUGGUAGGAGAGACAGACAUGGCUUAGUUUUGGCGCGUGGGCUGUCUCAAUUAAUCUCCUCGUCGCCUCUCCUCCAUGACCACUGAUCGGCGACAAGACUGACUCACUCACUCAGACAAGUGGUCAUGAAUGGAGGAGUACCGUAUCGAGGCACAGCCCUUGGUAGCUGUUGGUAUGUUCUAUGGCAGUGGAGUGAGUGUGUUGUCUGAGUAGGACAGGGUGGCAGGUGGGGUAGAGGAGGGCAGGACGAGUUGGGUACAGUACAUGGAGGUAAGAGGCCAGGCUCGAGCCUUGGCGGAAGUCAGUCAGGAAAGCAUUGGUAAAGACACUAGCAUUUGGAGUGAUGGGAGCAGUUUGCACUUUUCACUUCUAAGUAGGAUACGCCAUAGGACGUCAGGAAAGAGAGGAACUAGCAUGUAGACACAUGGCUGCUCACCACGACAACUACCUUGUCUAUCCAUCCUCUUUUAUGUGGAAACACUGAAAUUUGAACAUAUGUAUGUACACUAGAGAUGUAUCUUAUUUAUGCACACGAGCCAGUCAACUGAUUUGUAAUUCCUCCAGUUUUCUCUGCGGUUAUUUAUUUGAGGCCCCAUUUCAUAGCACCAGUUGAUCAUCUCUUGUUUAUCAAUCUUUCAAUUGUGUUGUGCUUGUUGCCCCUCAACAUAUCUCAUUUAUAAUUUAAGUCGCUCCCUUUGAGACUGGAUGAAGAUUGUGAGUCUGUUUGAUAAAUGAUUCAACCUCAAUUGUAUCCUCAUGAUUUGAAUGGUAGUUGUCUCUUCUCUCUAAAGUUACAUGGGCUUUUGCUGUAGGUUAUUGCACUAAAAUUGUACAGAGCUUCUAAUCAAACCGUGUCCCAUCUCACUUACUUUUGGAAAGUAGCUUUUCUAUGGCAGAUCCAUUCUGACAUUUGGUUUCUAUACUUGGGAGCCCUAUGAUGUCAUCAUGUGCACUUUGGCACAUCGGGGCUCAGGGUUCCACGAAUGAAGACCGAGUGUGUGUUGAAGUGACCGAAAUAUUGUGUGUGGCGCAGUGUGCACUAGGAGGAUGUGUAGGCAUGUACAAAUGAAUAGAGGGUUGUAAUGAUUCCAGUAACACACGGCAUGGGUAACGGGGUUAAGCUCUGCUGUUUGAUUGACAGGUGCAGGAAGGUCCUCUGUUUUUAGAUAACCUUACAAUGAUGACCCAAGUAAAGAUAAAAUUGCCAUAGGCACAUCUCUGCCACCCCACAGUUUUUGGGGAAAUGUGUGUACUCCCAAAAUAUUUAGGAUAUUUUUGAAUUUUUAUGCUUCCAGUGUAUCUCUGACUGCCAAUAUCCACAUUUGAUUUUUAUUCAAGAAUGGAAGUCUUUAAGCAUGUCAAAAACAGUCUGGAAAAAAAGGUUUUGGUGAUGCUAUGUGAGGUGUAUUAAAUGAGAUAUAGAAAUGAGUGGUUCUGGAGAGAGUUUUCGUGUGUGUGUGUGUGUGUGUGUGUACCUAAUCUGAACCAUGUCUACCCUGAAGCAAAGCACUUUUUGUAGUAGGACUUGACAUGAUUUCUGUUGAAAGUGAUCCCAUCUGAAUAUUUAAAUUCCUGGCUUUCUUAGCAUUCUUUUUUCCUUUAGAGAUAACUUUUGUUUUGGGAGUGGUAAAACCAAGAUAAUAUUUUAUAGUCAUUUACAACUAUUGUUUUGAAGUUGGUGACGAGAGAGUAAAAGUAACAGGUGAAAUAGUUUUUCCACGCUUUCUAAUUCAAACUGUUCUUUUGAAUGAAUGUGUGGGAUUGAGCAACAUGAUGAUUAAGAGACAGAGGUGAACUCCUGUUUAAAGGGACUGUAUAUACUGUAACUGUGUAACAUAUUGUAUAUUCAUUCUGCCUGGUGUGUGGGAAUAAGUGUAAUGGCUGUUUGUAGUGUUGCUAGCAGCCCAGAGGGCUUGUCUGUGUGUCUGUCUGAUCCAUUGUUGGCUUCAGGACACACGGACAGCUGAAGUGAAGGGGUGGGGGUACCGUCUGUGAUUUAAUACAAAGGUUUAAAAAAAAUCUAUUUAUUUGUAAUAAGUAUCGAAACUAAUCAGUUUUAAUGCAAUGUAGGAUCGUUGUGAGAACAAAAUGGCUUCCGGCAGUAUAUUUCUGAUGUGAUUUCUCCUGAUUAAAAGUGAUUGAGCAAAGCA